ACAAUUACAAUAUUAUUGAAUAUUAGAAAUUUCAUAUACGGAUUUUAUUACUAAAUCCAAACGUCACACCAUGCUUGCUUUGUCAAGCUUUCUUAUCUUCAUUCACAUGCAUCUCCUCUCCCUUUCUAAUAGCGUUGACUUUUGAUAAUCUCAAGAUGCUUCAGUUUACGUGUCUUAUAAUCAAAUAGCUGAAAAACACCUCUAUUAUCUCUUUUCUUCCUCCUCUAAAUCAACAAACCGCAACCGCCAUGAACACCUUCCAACCGCCUCCACCUCCGCCGAUUCCAGGCUACAACCACCUCCUAGGUACGGACGACAUAGGUGGAUUCAGAUACGGAAUUGGAGUCUCCAUAGGAGUGCUCCUCCUCAUCACCACAAUCACCCUCACCUCCUAUUUCUGCACACGUAGACAGCUCUCUUCUUCACCUUCACAAACAAGUCAAGAUUCAACACGCGUUCACCAUCACCACCACCACCAUGUCAUCCUCGACGUCGUGUCAGGCCUGGACGAGGACACCAUUCAAAGCUACCCGAAGCUCCUCUACUCCGAAGCAAAGGGAAGCUCAACGUCGUCGUGUUGUUCAAUAUGCUUAGGAGACUACAAAGGGAAUCAUCUGCUGCGGCAACUCCCAGAUUGUAACCAUCUCUUUCACCUUAAAUGUAUAGACACGUGGCUUAGACUCAAUCCUACAUGUCCUGUCUGUCGGACUUCGCCGUUACCUACUCCUCUGCCCACUCCCCUCGCCGAGGUUGUCCCCUUAGCCUCCACCGUUGCCACUGAAGGUGUAUGGGAAGACGAUGAUGUAGCAGAGCUGAAGUAGUUCAUGAAGAGUGACAUGAACUACUACAUCAGAGAGGUGGUUCGUGAGAAGCACGUAUCAAGACCGAUGCAUUAAAAGAAGAUUUAAUGAAGAGGGACAUUAAAGGAAGACUUGAAGAAGAAGCAAUCGAUCUAAAAAGAAAAGGAAGAUUGGCUUAUUCGCUGAAGUAGAAGAAAUGGAAAGUUUCCAUUGGGUAGAUAGAUUAGAUCUAGGGCUUCCUGAAAGAUAUAUAAAGGAAGCGUUGGCAAUGUGUUGCCGGUUAACACACAGGGAGAGCUUUUAGCAAUAGAGAGUUUUGUACGUCCUAAGAAGGAGAAGCAAAGCAUCUAGGGGUUAAGAGCUUAGGUGGUUCAGAGUCUGUCUUAGAUCUCUGAACGAGUUGACUAGCAAACAAGUCGAGGUUUGUCUUGAGCUUGUUUGAUUUAUUGCUUUUAAGAAGAACGUGUAAGAGUUUUUGAAAGAAUAAAUAUAGUCGUAUUUCUUGGAA